AUAAUGAUUGGUCGUUGAGCGCGAAUGGACAUGGGACCUGGCCAGUCAAAGUGGGGCCUUGCCUCUAGAGCAUGGUCACCGUAACUAAUCAGAUCAGGGAGAGAAUGAUUGACAUCGAGCCUAGCCAAUGGGUGUAGGGGUGCUGACCGGCCGCCAGCGGAAGUGGCGGGUUUCCCGUUUGUUUUUCUGCCGGUUUCUGGCGCCGCUUUUCCUCCGGAAAGUUUUGGGUGAAAAUCCCGGGGGAGUGUUGGGGGAGACGCAGUCUCUUUACCUAAUCCCCAAACCACCUGCUCGGACCUUGCGGCAGGCCGCAAAACCUGACAUUUCCCUGAAUCACCUCCGGUCCGUUCUUCGUCUCACGCCAACCGGUCUCGUAAUCAGCGAAAGGUGGAGGCCUCGCGGCCUAACUCCAUGGAGUCGCCCGAGAAAGUCGAUGUGAACCGAGCAAGCGCUGAGGAACUGGAGACGGCGCUGUUUGGGAUCGGGAGGAAGAGGGCGAGAGCUAUCGUUAGGAGGAGAGAGGAAUUGAAAGGCUUUUCAUCGCUGGAUGAUCUCCUGCACAUCAAAGGCAUCACGGGCCAUCUUUUGGAAAGGAACUGUGAGUUACUGUUGUGCCAUACCAGUAAGCCGAGUACAGACACCAGCACGCAAGGCCUGUCCAGCAGCUCUAAUAGUAGCUUCUCUGAUGGUGCACUGGAUGAAGAGGGUGGAGUUCAUGAUGGGUGGGAGGAAGGAGAGAAUGAAGAAAUGGAUGAAAGAGAACAGGAAGAUCUGAGUGACACAGUGGAGGGGAUUGAGGACGAUUGUGGAGAAUCGUAUUAUUAUUUUGUUGCGGACAAGGAGUGGAUUGACCUUGUUCAGGAAGCACAGGGUAGACAUCUAGUCCAACGUGUGAAACCUAAGAUGAAGCGAAAGUCAGAGAAUGGCCUUGAUGUGCGAGCACUGUCACCGGGAAAGAAGCUGUGCAAAGGGUCAGAGUACUCCAGUUUUACAGUGUCUGCUAUUUCUGUUUUGCAGCUGGCACUCUACGUCCUGUCAUUUCUGGAACCACGAGACCUGCUGCGGGCAGCACAGACUUGUCGGUACUGGCGCAUCUUAGCUGAGGACAAUUUACUCUGGAGGGAGAAAUGCAGGGAAGAAGUGAUUGAGGAGCCCCUAUACCUCCGGCGGCGUCGGAUGCUCAGUACUGGUUUCAUGUACAGUCCUUGGAAAUCUGCCUUCAUGCGGCAGCAUAAGAUCGACACAAACUGGCGUUCUGGAGAGAUAAAACCUCCAAAGGUGCUGAAAGGUCAUGAUGAUCAUGUCAUCACUUGCCUGCAAUUCUCAGGAAACCGGAUUUUGAGUGGUUCAGAUGACAACACUCUCAAAGUAUGGUCCGCAAUAACAGGCGAGUGUGUGCAGACGCUGGUCGGACACACAGGUGGAGUUUGGUCCUCCCAGAUGAGAGGGAAUAUCGUUAUCAGUGGCUCAACAGACCGUACCCUGAAAGUAUGGAACGCAGAAACGGGUGAAUGUAUUCACACGCUUUACGGGCAUGCCUCCACUGUACGCUGCAUGCAUCUCCAUGGCAACAAGGUGGUGAGUGGGUCAAGAGAUGCUACACUCAGAGUGUGGGACAUAGACACCGGCCGAUGCCUGCAUACGUUAUUGGGACAUGUAGCUGCAGUGAGAUGUGUGCAGUACGACGGGAAGAGGGUUGUGAGUGGUGCCUAUGAUUACACAGUAAAGGUGUGGGAUCCAGAAACUGAAGCUUGUGUGCACACUCUUCAGGGUCACACCAACAGGGUCUACUCACUUCAGUAUGAUGGUGUCCACAUUGUUAGUGGCUCCCUAGACACUUCGAUACGAGUGUGGGAUGCAGAAAAUGGGAACUGUUUGCACACUUUAAUGGGACACCAGUCUCUGACGAGUGGCAUGGAACUGAAGGAUAACAUCCUGGUAUCUGGGAAUGCAGACUCCACAGUGAAAAUCUGGGAUAUCAAGACGGGUCAAUGUUUGCAGACUUUACAAGGUCCAAACAAACACCAGAGUGCUGUUACAUGCCUGCAGUUCAUCCAGAAGUUUGUGGUCACCAGCUCCGAUGACGGGACAGUGAAACUGUGGGACCUUAAAACUGGUGAAUUCAUUCGUAACCUGGUGGCACUUGAGAGUGGAGGCAGUGGUGGUGUGGUUUGGAGACUCAGAGCCUCCAAAACGAAACUCAUUUGUGCAGUGGGCAGUCGGAAUGGAACAGAGGAGACAAAACUGCUGGUCCUGGAUUUUGAUGUUGAUAUGAAAUGAGCUGGUCUUGGCUGAGAGGUGUGUUGCCACUCGUGUCUGCUCACUCACUGGGCCUAGCAUGGCCAGCAAUCUGCAAUCAAACUCCAUGCAAUCCAUUCCAAUUUGCCAAAGAAGACUUGACCUUGUGGGGAAAAUCGGAGGGUGAUCUGCAGCAGCAGUGGAACGGGGAAGGCAGGCGCUGCUUUUACAAACCUGCAGCACUUGACCAGCUGGGAGUGAUUUGGGAAAGAUUUAAAGCACCUUAUAACUGAGCCAUCACAGGGGCAUCCAUCUCUGAUGAUGACGAGACACUUGGAGACACUUUAAAAAGACUUGCCAAAAUUGUUAGUAACAGAAACCUGUACAUAAAAUGGAUAUAUCUGUAUAUUAUAUAAAAGUGUAUCUAUGUGGAUGAAUGAAAUGAGCAUCCUUAACUACAUGUCUAUAUAUUGAACUUGGGUAAAGGGGGAAAAUUAAUCUAUACGUGCGUGUGUGUGUGUGUGUGUGAGAGGAUGGUGCUAAACAGUCCUGUGUGCGUGUGCUAGUGUGUAAGGUUUUCACUGUCAUGAGGCUACAAAGACAGCCCUGUUGUAUAUUGUAUAAAAUGUAUGGGAUUUUUUG